UGACCAAUCUCCAAUUUCAGUGCAACUCCAAAAUUAAACUAACUAGAAGGAGCUCUUUCGUUGUCAUACAAUACACACUCUAUCAAUCCACCACAAUGGCUGAAGAUCCUCAAGACGUAGCCGACAGGGAGCGAAUUUUCAAGCGUUUCGACGCCAAUGGCGACGGCCAAAUCUCUUCAGCUGAGCUUGGGGAAGCACUCAAGGCCCUUGGAUCAGUCACAGCAGAAGAGGUGCAAAGGAUGAUGGAAGAGAUUGACACCGACGGAGAUGGCUACAUUUCAUAUGCAGAAUUCACAGAAUUCGCCAAAGCCAACCGUGGCCUACUCAGAGAUGUUGCCAAGAUUUUUUAAACUUAAUUACUCCCACUCUUUUUUAAUUAAUUAACGAGACGGGAUACACAUAUAAUAAUUAUUUGUACACCAUUAUUUCUUGUGGGUAUCUCUUUUUAUUACAUCAUUUUCCUUAGUUGUACAAUAUUUGCUUUUGUACAAUUCUUUG